AUGCGGCCCCAGGUCAGAACUCCGCGCUCCACCGAUGGCACUCACAUCCACGCGGAGGCUGUGGGAGACCCACGAAACCCGCAUGUCGUGUUCAUUCACGAGGCGACGCUGUCCGCCCAGGUCUUCGACGGGCUUUUUGACGACCCACGAUUGACCGACUACCUCUUCAUUGCGGGUUCCACUUUUCUUUCUAUCCAUCGCUCACUAACGCUUUUUGCGAUCGCCCAGGUACGGUACGACCUGCGAUGUCACGGACGAAGCGGAUGCGUGAGAAGCCAAGGCGACCAGCUACCCAGCCUCUACGCCGCGGACUUCGCCGCCGUCGCGGACGCGUUCGGACUCCACAAACCCAUCGUGGUCGCAUGGUGCGCGUCUUCGUCCGUCGUCGCCGACCUCUGCGCUCAUCUCCAGCCACCCUCCUUCACUGGCCUCGUCGCCAUCGCACCCUCGCUCGACCUCGGGCAUGGGCUCGGCCACACGUUUACCGCGCGCGGCCGCGCGCUCAUCGACGCGCUCAGGACGACCCGCGACGCCGCGGCGUGCGGGCGCACAAAGACCGACUUUGUCGACGCCAUCCUCUCUCCCGGGGAGCGCACCGCAGACGCGGUCGCCAUGCGCGCGGCGUGGCUCGGCCGCAGCGUCGCGCAGGACGCGGAGGAGACCGCCGCGCUGUUAUCGCGCCCGUGCUCGGUCGCGCGCCUGCUCGACGCGGGCCGGCGGGGGCUCCCGAUGCUGCUCCUCGUCGGCGCGGCGGACGCGGUCGUCGACGGGGCGGCGGUCGUGCGCGGGCUCAGCGGGCACUUUCGCAACACGGAGGCGCACGUGCUCGCGGAGGCCGGCCACGCGCUGUUCGUCGACCGUCGGGACGAGUUCGUCCGGCUGCUGCUCGUGUUUGUCGGCAGGCUUGCGGUGAUGAAGCUCAUGCACUGA